GAGGCAGCAGGACUGGAGCAGACCCAGCAGUCUCAGCCUCAUGCUUCACUCUGGGCACUUCUCCGCCUUCUCCUCCGCCUCCUGCCCGCUGUCGUCAACGUUGUGACAAUAUUUAUUUUUUAUUUUGUAUUAUUUAGCCACAAACGACAACAACAAAAAAAGCGACAAAAAAAGUGGAGGUGGGGAGAAGGGGGCCGAGUCAUGGAGCUUUAUUGCCUGGAGUCGGACAUAGUCGUCAGAGCCCGGCCUGACCCAAACAUCCUCUAUGAUGACAGAGUGUUGCAAAGUUUAUUAACAAUUGAGGACAGGUUUUUACCUCAAUGCUCCUACUUCCAGCGGGUCCAAAAGGAUAUUCAGCCUUAUAUGAGACGAAUGGUUGCAGGUUGGAUGCACGAGGUGUGCGAAGAGGAGAAGAGUAAUGAAGACGUCUUCCCUUUAGCUAUUAAUUAUUUGGACCGAUUUUUAGCGGUGAUGCCCACGAGAAAGAGUUAUUUGCAGCUUCUGGGAGCUGUGUGCAUAUUCCUGGCCUCCAAGUUAAAGGACUGCAGGCCGCUGUCGGCAGAAAAACUUUGCAUGUACACAGACGACUCCAUCACGUCACGGGAACUGCUGGACUGGGAGCUGGUCGUGCUGGGCAAGUUGAAGUGGAAUAUGGCCUCGGUCAUCCCCAAUGAUUUCAUCGAGCACAUCAUACGCAGGCUCCCCCUCCCCAAAGACAAGCUGGCGAUGGUCUGCAAACACACGCAGACAUUCAUCGCCCUCUGUGCCACAGAUGACCGCCUCGCCAUGAACCCUCCUUCCAUGAUCGCCACCGGCAGCAUGGGAGCCGCCGUCUGUGGCCUGCAGCUGGACCACAGCGACCAGAGGCUGAGUCGAGACAACCUGACGGACCUGCUGGCCAAGAUCACCAACACGGAGGUGGACUGCUUGAGGGCGUGCCAGGAGCAGAUCGAGCGCGUGCUGGCCACCAGCCUGCAGCAGGGCCAGCAGUACCGGCAGGAGUCCGGCUUCAGAGCCGGCAACAAGGCGAGGGAGCAGCAGGACCAGUCCAGCACCCCCACGGAUGUACGUGACGUCAACUUAUGAACGCGCCCACACACGCUGCUAAUGCCCGUUUUUGGAGGCACGAGCCACCGGUGUGACAAUCUAUGAACUUUUUAGAAAAAUAAGCAAUUUCUAGUUUUUUCUCCUUUUUUCUGCCCCAUUCGUACCGGGCUGAGUGUACCCUCAGCUUUUCUUUUUUUGUUGUUGUACGGGCCACAUGUAAUCCAAAAAAACUAUUUAAAAACACAAAAAAACACACCUUGAGAACUUGACAGUGCCUUUUGGUUUCCCAGAAUGGAAACCUGAAAUAUAUUUUCAUACUUGAAAGAAGAAGAAAAAAACAGCAUAAUUCUAUGAAAUAUACAUAUUUCUUUUGAUAUAGUACAAAUAAAUAGUGUAUAUUUAGCUAGCAUUUAGUUACGUUACUCUUUUAUCAACUUUUAGUGAGCAGUUAUCGAAUUCACCUGUGCAGGAAAAAACUCCUAAUAGUAGUAAAAAUGCUGAUUUUGAGUAGAUGGAAAUUUAAACCAAGUCAGAGGAUCGCUACGGUAGCUCUCUAGCGCCAUCUAUCAUACUGUGCACCUGUAGCACCGCUUACUAUUUAUGCUGUAAAGUGCUGGCCAGGAGUGGGCUGGGCCCGCUCAGAGGAAGGGGACAUGAGGGGCUUCGAGGUGGUUUGGAGCCGUGGCUUCUGUUAAAGAGUCGACACGGAGGGCGAGGCCGGUUAUUCCGGUCUUGAUUUUCACUGCCAAAUCCAGUACGGUAUGCUAAGAGGACGCCGUGUAUUAUAAUUCAGCGAGGGCUUACAUUAUUAAUGUUCCGUUGUUGUUCUAGCUCCUACACGUUGGAGAGUGUUUGGGAGAUGGUUUGCAGGCUAUGCCUCGGCUAGGUAGGAUGUCAUGUUACAAGAGGAAAUGGAUAUUUGGCAAGUUUGUUUUUGAGUGGGUUUUGAAAGGAAAUGGACGCAGGUUAAAAAAAAAAUUUUUUUUUUUGGAAAAGAAAUGCAUGUGCAAAGUGUGGAGGGGGAUGCUAGAAGUGUAGAUUGAUGAAUGACAGCGAAAUGGCGAGGAAGUUAACUUAAGCUUUGUAAUGUUCCUGCAGUUGCACGUUACUUGAGGGGGAGGAGGAGGGGGGGGGGGAGAGAGAGAGAGGAGGAGGAGGAGUCCCUGGUGAUGUCCAGAGGGGAUCAGACUAGUUGUGCUGCAGUUCAGUUUCUCCUGUUAUCAAUUUCCAUUCCUUGGAACAAUAUUGAUGCACUUUUAAUGAUAAAAAACACACACUCCUUAAGGAUGGUAAGGGGAUGGUGGCUGAAGAGACUUCAGUGGGUUGUUGGGACCUUUUUUUUUCCUGUAAGUUAUUUGAUUUUUUUUUUUUUUUUCUGGGCUGGAUUCCCAUGGGGUAACGCACAUUGUCUUGAAAGCUACGCCCCCAACAGGUGAGAAGACGUAGGAUAAUCGGUGUUUAUAGAGUAUAAACUAAUGCUGCGUUCACGCCUAACAUGCUGAGCAGAUUGUGCCGCGAUUCAAAGGCAAUAAACGGUUAUAACGACGUAGUAAUGCCAAUUGGUAAACGAGCUUCGUAGGAUUUCGCCAAUGGCCGAAAAGCAAACUGUUAAAAAAAUAUGAACAAUCUGUGUGUCAUAAGUUUGUGGCGUGAACGCAGCAUCUGGAAAGCCAAGUCACUUGUAGACUUUUCUUUGUUGAUUCAGUGCGAUUAUUUAACCUUACUUGAAUUUUUUGUGAAUCCAUAACCAAAACCUUCCAACAGUUCUUUCAGAGUUACACACACAUACUGUGUUCCAUGUUUUUACUCUUCUAAAAAAAAAAAAAAAAGUAAACCGCUAUCUGGACUGAAGUUUAAAAAUUAGUUUUCGCCAUUUAUAGACAUCGGUAGGUGGGGGUUUACAUCGUGUGAAUGUUUUGACUGUGUAUAUAUAAACCGUAACAUUAUAUAUAUAUAUAUAUAUGUAAUUUUAUAUGUUUUUAUAUAUAUAUAUGUGUGUGUGUAUAUAUAUAAUGUUAUAUAUAUAUUUUUCUAUAUAUAAUUUUAUAUAUAUAUAAUUUUAUAUGUGCGUGUUUGUGUAUAUAUAUAUAUAUAUAUAUCCAAAUUCCCCAUGAGCAGAAAUGAAAGAGAAAAAAAUGUCGUUACAUUUUAGAAAAAGAAAUGUAGUUUCUAAAAUUGUAUUCUCGCGUAAUCUGUUGUGCAAAAAAAAAAGCCAAAUGUUUUUUCCAAACAAAAAGUGCUUCAAACAGAACAAAUUGUUUAUGCUUUUGAAAGUUUUGUGUAUAAUUUGAAAGAGAUAUAAUUCCAAAGUGAGAAAAACUAGAUCAUACACAUUCUUUUGCUGCUAUGAAGCUUUUUGUUUUCCAGUCUUACACAAAGAUGCCUUAUAUUGAUUCACUUGUGUGCUGCUAUAUUAUGAAAUGUUGUAUAUGUAACGAGUCUUCUUUUUGCUUUUCUGUGUGUACUGGAGGGAACGUAACAGUUUGGUGCGGGACUGGAAGUACUUUUUUUUUUUUUUGCCGAUCUUUUUUUAUCAUGUUUUUAUUGUUUAAUUUGUAUCUUUAUAUUCUACCAUAUUCUUGCUGCUUCUUCGUAAAUGUUUGUGUACCUCAGGUUAAUUUGGACAGAUAAGAGCGAGAGCCCAUCUCGCAUUACCUCAUCAAGCUUCACAUCACUCACAUUUAGUUUUUUCACUCUGAAUUUGUUGGACGGGUUUCACUUCUCUUUUUUUUCCUGUCUGGAUGAGAGUAAGAACGAUGCUUCUUCUCUUUAAAAAAAAAAAAAGAAAUCUCUACCGCCCGAUUUCACUGAGCAGUUAUAAGUGCCUAUACAUUAAAAUAGGUUAUUUCAUAUAUCUUAAGUUAAAAAAAUAAAAUAAAAACAGCCCUUACUGUACGUUAUACAUGUAUUGAAAAGACAAAAAAAAAUAUUUUUGAAUUUCAUUCGCAUGUUUUAAGAUCGGUUCAUUGGAAUAAAUGGAAUAUUGUUUAUUUUUGAGGUACCCAUUUAGUCAAAGUUUAAGCCACGAGGAUGUUUUAUCAUUGUUCAGUGUGGUUGGUUUCUAAACUCCUCUCCCACUAUCCCCAUGUACAACCACACAGUGUACCUCAACAAUUUCUCCUCAAUAAAUUGACUAAAAUCA